CCUGGGUAAAGGGCACCAUGCCUGAAGAACUUCACAAACACACAGGACAGACCCUUCUCCUGCAAUGCCAGUACUCACCCAAGACAGGACCCUAUCAGUCCAAGACCUGGUGUCAGCAGACAUCUCCAGAUUGGUGUACCAUACUUGUCACCAGCUCCAAGCCCCGGACAGCAGUUCAGAAGUCUCGUUACACAAUCUGGGAUGAGCCCGACGCUGGCUUCUUCAACAUCACCAUGAUUCAGCUGACACAGAACGACUCAGGAUUCUACUGGUGUGGAAUUUACAACACUUCCAAAAAAGUCAUCAGUGUUCUUAGAGAUAUCAAUCUGGUGGUGUCUCCAGCCCCAACAACGUCUCCUAUGUGGACCUUCCCCUGGCUCGCAACAAGCACAGUUCUGAUCACUUCUCCAGAGGGGACCUCUGGCCAUCCCUCCAUCAAGGGCUCUGAGACCAGGAAAUCAAGUGUCCCUGCCUGCCUUGGCUCAGGUGGCCCUUUGCUGGUCUCUGUGCUGUGUGGACUCCUCAUGGCCAAGUGCCUGAUGCUGUGAGUCCUGUUUGUGUUUCUGACCUGCAGGUGCCACAGGUGAGAGGGGCCUGGAUUUGGUCUGGGGGGCAAUA